AAAAAAAAGCAAACUGGAAUGGUGACAAAUGUUUGAGCACUACAUUUUCACAACUGAGUACAACAUUGUUCCCAGUCUUUGCACAUUUUCAGCAUUUACCUUCAAACUUCUAUAAUGUAUUGAGAAACACAUCUCUGAAAUCAGUUGAUGGCAUUUUUAAGGAAAAAUGCCAUAAAGGUAAAGGCGGUAUGCUGUCUUCACGACCAGACACUUGAUGAGCUGAAGAAAAUGGAUGGUCGGAUGUAUUAUCUGCUUCUCGGUGUGGUGUUCAACACAAAUGCAAUGCAGAGUGCCAGUUACAUUGCCACUUGAGGCAUUAUAAUUAUCAAUGACUAUAUUACAUUAAAAUUACAUUAAAACUAACUUUGUUACAAACAGAUCUCCUGCCUCCCUCCAAAAAACAAACAUACAAAAAAAAAGAAGUUGCUCCGCCUUUCGUCUUCUACCUCCAUGCAGCUUCUGAACCUCAAUCAGUUUUGUUUUGAAGGAACCAGAAGACACUACAUGAGGAAAUCAUGCCGAUUUUUGUUGUUAACACCAACUUUGCCAAAAACAACCUGCCGGAGACUCUGCUGUCAGAACUUACUGAGGAGCUGACUAAAGCCACGGGCAAACCCGAUCAGUUCAUUGCCGUGCAUGUCCACCCAGAUCAAGUCAUGAUGAUCGGUGGAAAGGAAGAUCCAUGUGCACUCUGUUCCUUUCACAGCAAUGAAAAUAUCAGCUGUGAUCAAAUCAAGCAAUACUCUAAACUACUGUGUGGACUGCUCAACAAACAGCUGGGCAUAUCUCCUGACAGGAUUUAUAUUAAGUUUGUGGACAUGGAUCCUUGCAACAUGAGCUGGAACGACACUACUUUUGGCUGAGAUAGAGGUUGAAGUCCUCAAAGAAAAUCAUUGCCGCUGUGUUGAAGAGCCGUUGUUAAAAAUGACCAAGAGGCAAGAAGAUACGGUCAUGGCUUCGUUGAUUCCAUGCAACUUUGUACUGGCCUUGCCUUCCUGCAAUAAAGCACAGUGUGU